AAAAAAAAAAAGUGAUGAGUUGUGAGGCAGGUCGCGGCCCUACAGCCCCAGGAGACGAUGCGCAGCUCAUUUGCUUAAAUUUGCAGCUGACGGCUGCCACCUCUCUAGAGGCACCUGGCGGGGAGCCUCUCAACAUCAGACAGUGACCAGUCUGGUGACUCACAGCCGGCACAGCCAUGAACUACCCGCUAAUGCUGGAAAUGGACCUCGAGAACCUGGAGGACCUGUUCUUGGAAUUUGACAAAUUCGACAACUAUAACGACACCUCCCUGGUGGAAAAUCACCUCUGCCCUGCCACAGAGGGGCCCCUCAUGGCCUCCUUCAAGGCUGUGUUCGUGCCCGUGGCCUACAGCCUCAUCUUCCUCCUGGGCGUGAUCGGCAACGUCCUGGUGCUGGUGAUCCUGGAGCGGCACCGGCAGACACGCAGCUCCACGGAGACCUUCCUGUUCCACCUGGCCGUGGCCGACCUCCUGCUGGUCUUCAUCUUGCCCUUUGCCGUGGCCGAGGGCUCUGUGGGCUGGGUCCUGGGGACCUUCCUCUGCAAAACUGUGAUUGCCUUGCACAAAAUCAACUUCUACUGCAGCAGCCUGCUCCUGGCCUGCAUCGCCGUGGACCGUUACCUGGCCAUUGUCCACGCCGUCCACGCCUACCGCCACCGCCGCCUCCUCUCCAUCCACAUCACCUGCGGGACCAUCUGGCUGGUGGGCUUCCUCUUUGCCUUGCCAGAGAUUCUCUUCGCCAAAGUCAGCCAAGCCCAUCCCAACAACUCCCUGCCACGUUGCACCUUCUCCCAAGAGAACCAAGCCGAAACGCAUGCCUGGUUCACCUCCCGAUUCCUCUACCACGUGGCGGGAUUCCUGCUGCCCAUGCUGGUGAUGGGCUGGUGCUACGUGGGGGUAGUGCACCGGUUGCGCCAGGCCCAGCGGCGCCCUCAGCGGCAGAAGGCAGUCAGGGUGGCCAUCCUGGUGACGAGCAUCUUCUUCCUCUGCUGGUCACCCUACCACAUCGUCAUCUUCCUGGACACCCUGGUGAGGUUGCAGGCUGUGGACAAUACCUGCGAGCUAAAUGGCUCUCUCCCCGUGGCCAUCACCAUGUGUGAGUUCCUGGGCCUGGCCCACUGCUGCCUCAACCCCAUGCUCUACACUUUUGCCGGCGUGAAGUUCCGCAGUGACCUGUCGCGGCUCCUGACCAAGCUGGGCUGUACCGGCCCUGCCUCCCUGUGCCAGCUCUUCCCUAGCUGGCGCAAGAGCAGUCUCUCUGAGUCAGAGAAUGCCACCUCUCUCACCACAUUCUAGGUCCCAGUGUCCCCCUUUAUUGCUGCUUUUCCUUGGGGCACGCAGUGAUGCUGGAUGCUCCCUCCAACAGGAGCUGGGCUCCUAAGGGCUCACGGUGGCUUAGAGUGUCCUAGGAGUAUCCUUAGCCGGGGUAGCUAGAGGAACCAACCCCCAUUUCUAGGACAUCCCUGCCAGCUCUUCUGCCAGCCCUGGGACUCAACUGGAGCCCAGGGAGCGGAAAGCAGCUGGAAGGCACAGUGAAGCCUGUCUCUACCCAUCUGCACCCUCUUGGGCUGAGAGAACCUCAGGUACCUCCCAUCCUAAUCAUCCAACGCUCAGGAAACAACUUCUACUUCUGCCCUUGCCGACGGAGAGCGCCUGUCCCUCCCAGAACACACUCCAUCAGCUUUAGGGCUGCUGACCUCCACAGUUUCCCCUCUCCCCUCCUACCCACCUGUC